AUGAUGUCCCACUUGAUAAUCUCUAGGAAGCCAACAUUAAGCUUAAUGCAAUUCUUCAAAAAUUGUCACAAAAAUCCAUUAUUAUUGCAUAUAGUUAUUGCAACACUUUUAUUGUUGUGCCUUGCAUUGCCUUCCUACUACUACUUCUCGAUCUCAUUCACAUAUGAAAGUACCAUAAUUGUUACCAAUUGCAAUGUUACUUGGCAGACACCGGGAAAAAUCACUCCGAGAGUUGAUCAAGAAGAACCAAGGAAGCGAAAAUUUGAUCAAAAAUCACUAGACAUUCAUGUUAAGCAAGAUCCUUGCUCGGGCCGUUACAUUUACAUGUAUGAUCUUCCUCCAAGGUUCAACCAAAACUUGCUUAAAAAUUGUCACACACUUGUUAAAUGGUAUAAUUUCUGCCCUUAUGUGCAAAAUGACGGUUUAGGCCCUAGAAUUAACAAGAAUAGUUGGUAUCAUACUGACCAGUUUAUGUUAUCUGUGAUAUUUCACAAUAGAAUGAAGCAAUAUGAGUGCUUGACUAGGAAUUCUUCCUUGGCCUCGGCGAUUUAUGCUCCAUUUUACCCUGGCCUAGAGAUAAGUCGAUACCUUUGGAGCGAGGUUAACUCCUCGGUCAAAGAUGCAGCAGCCUUAGAUUUCGUCGUGUGGUUAAAGAAAAAACAUGAGUGGAAUCGAAUGUUUGGUAAAAACCAUUUCUUUGUUGCAGGGAAAAUUAAUUGGGAUUUUAAGAGAACAGGUGAUGGUAACGACGGUUGGGGUAGCAAGCUCUUGAAUUUGCCUGAAGUCAAGAACAUGACAGUACUAACAAUCGAAUCAAGUCCUUAUGAAAGUAAUGAGUUCGCGAUCCCAUAUCCUACCUAUUUCCAUCCCUCAAACAUUAAUGAAGUGUAUAAGUGGCAGAAGAUAGUGAGUAGAAAAAAACGAGCUUACCUCUUCUCGUUUGCUGGGGCCUCGCGCCCCAAUCAGAAACAGUCCAUCAGAGGGGAGUUGAUCAGUCAGUGUAAAGAUGCGCUGAACGAUCGUUGCAACUUAGUUAACUGUAUGCAAAAUAACUAUCAGUGCAACAGUCCAACACAUAUCAUCAAGAUGUUCAUGAAGUCUGUUUUCUGCCUGCAGCCCUCAGGGGAUUCAUACACAAGGCGGUCCACUUUUGAUUCGAUCUUGGCUGGCUGUAUCCCGGUUUUCUUCCACCCUGGAUCAGCUUACAUUCAGUACUUGUGGCAUCUUCCGAAAAAUUACACCAAAUAUUCAGUGUUUAUACCAGAAGAUGGGGUAAAAAAUGGGACUGUCAGAGUUGAAGAGUUGCUGUCACAGAUUUCAGAGGAAGAAGUGUCUUCCAUGAGAAAAGAGGUCAUUAGAUUGAUACCGAGAAUAUUAUAUGCACGGAAAAAAUUAAAUAUGGUAGAAGACGCGUUUGAUGUUGCUGUCACAAAUGUUCUCGAAAGGAUUGAAGAUGCCAGGAGACUAAUUCAAGAAGGAAAAGAACCAAGCAACAAUUCCUCUGGAAAUUUAAGCAGAGAGGAUUUCUCAGAAGUUAGAUCUCGUUUGAGAGGUUUGGAAAUUCAUUAUUUCUCAAUCAGUACUUCUGCAAGUUUUUCUGAACCUUUUGUUUCAGUUUUGCCCUGUGUCUGUCCACCUUAA